AUAACAUAAAUGUCUGAAUCUAUUUUGACGGAGACUUCCAAUAAAAGAAUACAUAAACUCAAGAGAGGAAGGAGUACUCGGAAUAAUUCCGAACUAAGGUAUAUCCAAAGUAGCCUUAAAAAUUUGCACACAAUACUUGGAUCUGAAAAUGAACUUUUUGACAAAUGUAAUGGCACCCAAGAUCAGACCUUAAAGAAGGCAGUGGAGAAUGCUAUUGAUGCUCAUUUAUCUCGUGACAACAACAUUCUUAAGAAAAUUGAUUUUUAUAUUACUCCAUAUAACAAGACUCAGCAGUUCCAAGAGUCCAUGAGCUUUGGAGACAAAUACAAAUUUUGUAAGACAUUGGACGAUAAGGCUCAAAAAGAUUGGAAAAUGGUGUCUAACUUCGUUUUGAAUCCAACAAAGGACUUCAGAGCUAAGCUCAAUCAAUACAAUCCCAAUCUUUAUGGCAGCAUUAAAUAAACUUGCUUUAAAAUUAAUGGCUAAGAGGUUCAAUAAGAGUCCAAAAUUACGUAAAAAUAAGAGAAAACAGAAAACAAGUGAAUUUAAAAUCAAUGUUCUUGAAGUUAACUCAGAAAACAACCCUAAAAGCAUUGAACGAGAGUUUAAGAAUAAAAAUGCGUCCAUAAUUAGCCCUCUAAUCCAAAUCAAAAGGCAUGAGGAGAACUUACAUAGAAAGAGGGAGAUUCGCAAAAAUGGUAAAAACCUAGAGACUUUUAAUUUCGGUGUAAAUUUGGAGAUGAUAUCUAAUGAAACAACAAAACCAGUGAGCUUUGGCUCAAAAACUAACCCUAAAAACACACCUAUCCGACGACUCAGAGCAUUAGAUUCAUCUAAAUACCCCUCUAACCUAUCAAAACUCAUGAUUCCAAAGCUAUCCGCCAUUACAGUGAACGCAGGGUCUACUGAAGACCUUCCAACAAUCUCUUCGAACCAAACAGUGUGCAGGCAGGAGUACAAACCACCCAAUCACUCUGAAAAAUGCUGAAGUAUUUUAAGCAGCAAAAUCUUAUCGCCCAUCCGAGCAAUGAGCAGAGACACCAAGUCCAAGGUGGGGACGCCUAACAUAAGUGGCGACCACGAGUCUAUCGACCAGACGGGUAGUGCUAAGCUGUCCGAAGAGCAAAGGACUUAUGACAACUCCUCUGUUGACAUGGAGAACUCCAACUUAGCUAGAAAUAGCCAUAGAGAUACAAAGCUUCCCUUGAUUCACGGAAGGAACCUUACGGUUACAAGACCGAGAAAAACAAAUUCUUCUCAUAUUGUGAACGAAUAUACUGAGGAAAGAAAUACAUCAUAUUUUUAUAAACAGAAGAAGAGUGCUAGCAAAAAUCUCGGCUUAGGAGAAUGUGAUUCAGAAAGCAACUCUUGCUCAGUUAGUAUGGAAAAUGAUGAAAAUCCAUGCCAAAAUAUCAAAGUCUUUAAAGAAAAAUCCAUGAAUAUCCUUCAAAGAGUUAAUAAGAAAACUCCCUCAAAGUCAUUUAAACCUCUUGGGGAACAAAUUAUAGCUCCUUUGAUAAAUCCUCAAAAACUAAAGAAGAAGGUAAUAAGAAAGGACAAGAUAAAAUUUGCUAGCUUUGAUAAAGAAAAUUACAAAAGAAUAGACUCAAGUUGGGUGAUCUACAGCCCUCAAAGGAAGGGCACGGAAGGACUCACUCGAAAACCAAGAGGCAAAAAGUCUUCUGCCCUAGAUCAAGUUAAGAAUUCAUCAAAUAUAAAAGCGAUAAGGCGACCUGAUAGAUCAACAAAAGUGAGACGACCAGCUCCUCUAAAUCAAAAUCAGGACCAGCACCAUUCCGAUUUCAUUCCAGAUGUAUUCAACUGUAAAAAUAACUAUACCUAUGGAGUUAAAGAUGCAAGAAUGUUCUUGUAAACACAGAGUAGCAUAUAAAUCUGCAACUGCCAAUAAUUAAUUUUG